AUCACCGCUUAUGGUUGGGCCGGUCAUUUAAGGAUUUCGACAUGAACAUGAAAAUUUUGGCAGCGCCGUGAACGAUGGUAGGGCGUAACUUGUACCGCAAUAUUGGCUAUAUAUAUUCUCCAUCAGCCGUGUAUCGAAUCAGUCCAGUGAGCCAUCUCAACUCAGAUCAUUUGUUUUUGAGGGAGAGCCACGAAACUACAUCAAUCAUGAAGCUGAUCAUUGCCUUCGCCGCUGUCGUCGCUGUCGCUCUUGCACUUCCGCUUAGCCCUAAUUAUCAAAUCAACCAACCUGUGGUAGUAAAGGAAACACCUCUGGAUAACAUCGGCAUUGAUGGAUACCAAUUCGGCUACGAACUCUCCAACGGCCAGGCCCACCAGGAGUCCGCCCAGCUGGUGAAUGUCGGUCACGAGAACGAGAGCAUCGCCGUUCGCGGUAGCUACACCUAUGUCGACCCGGAGACCAACGUUCGAUACACCGUCAACUACAUCGCCGACGAGAACGGAUUCCGCCCCGAGGGCGCGCAUCUGCCAGCCGUCUAAACCCUAGCUAGAAAUAGCUGUAAAUAAUAGCGCAUCUCCUAUUCAAACUUUUUUCAAUUGUUUAAAUAUGCCUGCGCCUGCAGGAAGUCGAUGUCUGUCCUUCGAUUUCUCGAUCACAACAAUCCCAUGACACAAACUUAGCUUUAAAUAAAUUCAUUUUUGCAUUA